AUGCGCACUUCAAUAAUCCUUCCCACUCUCUCCUUCCUCGCCCUUGCCGCCGCAGACACAGGCAGGCUCGGCGAUGCCGAAGUCGUCACCAACAACCCCAUUGGGGCAUCCUACGAGGCGAGGCUGCCCAACAGCGCGACGACAGACGUGCGCGGCGUCUUCAUCGCCACCUCCAACCCCUCCGGGCGCGGCGUAGACUUCCAGAUCACACUUGACGGCAUUCCCAGCACCGGCGGUCCGUUCAUGUACCACAUCCACGACGCCCCCAUCCCUCCUAACGGCACCUGCGCCCAGGCCCUUGCGCACCAAGACCCCUAUAUCCGCGGCGAAGAGACACCUUGCGACGCGACAGCUCCCCAAACCUGCCAGGUCGGCGAUCUGUCGGGGAAACAUGGCAACAUCACAAGCGGCUCCUUCCACGCCGCCUACACGGAUCUGUACGCCUCGCUCGUGCCAGGCCUGGGCUCCUUCUUCGGCAACCGCAGUGUCGUCGUGCACUUCUCAAACAAGACGCGGAUCACGUGCGCGAACUUCGAAGUCAUUGGCCACGGAGCCGUUCCUUCGGGAAGCCCGAAUGGCACGAACGCUACGACGAUGGUGACUGCGACGGCGACGGCGAGCGCAACUGGGGGCGCGAGUGGUUCGGCUACGGCUACCCCGGUGUCCCCGAGCGCGCCGGCUCAGCAGACGACGAAUGCGGCUGUAAGGACGCUGGCCGGUUCGGGAGCGGUGCUUGCUGCGCUGGCGGCGUUUGUUCUUUGA